AUGACGGCUCCCAGCGAGGGGUCUGCGGAGAACCAAGGGCCGGAAGAAGAGGCGGCGAGAGUUCGGCGGAGGAUUCGGACUCCGACCUGGAGACAGGUGUCCCUGGUGGCGUCCCCUGGAGUGUUGUCCCGUCUCCUAGCAGGUACCCACGGGCUCCGAGGGCUGGGCAGGGACACCCUCUACCUGCGCACUCGCGGGGCCCACGGUGCUGUGCCCCCUUCCUGCUUUCUGCGCCAAGGGAGAGCCCCGGAGUUGAACCUGCGGCACCGUGGCCUGGGGCCCCAGGGGGCCCGUGCUCUGGCUUCCAUGCUGUCCUCUAAUCCCUACAUCAAGCGGCUGGACCUUCGGGACAAUGGGCUGAAUGAAGCUUGUGCCGAGGCCCUGGCAGGUGCCCUGAACAAGAACAGCAGCAUCUGCGAUGUGGACCUGUCGGAGAACCAGCUGGGAGCUACAGGAGUCCAGGCUGUGUGUGCCAGCCUCGCGAGGAACCAGGUGGUGCAGAGGCUGCAGCUGGCGGGGAGCGGCCUGGAGGAGCAGGCGGCCCAGGCCCUUGCUGAACUCCUGCUGGUCCACACCAGCUUGAAAUCCCUGGACCUGAGCUAUAACCAGCUGAAUGACCAAGCAGGAGAGACCCUCGGACCAGCCCUGGCGGAAAACGCAGGACUCACUGAGCUGAACCUGAGCUGGAACCACCUCCGAGGCCCGGGAGCCGUAGCCCUUGCCAGGGGACUGGAGGUAUGAGUCUUCCUGAAAGUCCUGGACAUCUCCUACAAUGGCUUUGGCGAUGCAGGAGCUUCUGCGGUGGGUGAAGCCCUCAAGACCAACAACGUGUUGGAGGAACUCAACAUGAGCUGCAAUCGUAUCUCUGCGGUGGGAGCCCUGAGCCUGGGCCAGGGCCUCCGGGUCAACCAGACGCUGAGGACUCUUGUGGUGUCCAGGAACCCCAUGCAAAGUGACGGCUGCUUUGGGCUUCUCAAGUCUGUCCAGGACAAUCCCGCGUCUGCCCUAGAACUCCUGGACUUCUCUGAUAUCCCGGUGAACAGAGAGUUCGAGGACCUCGUUAGCUCAGUGAAGGCCACUCUUCCCGGGCUUUCCGUAAAGAUGGCUGCUCGCAGAGUGGAGUUUAAAAAACAGCUGCUGCCAGUCUUCAGCCCAUCCCCCCCAGCGCCUGCCCCUAAAUGACUUUGGAGCGUGGCGUCCUGGUCUUCUCCAAUCAGCCAUGGCGACUUCCAAGUGGAGGGCUCUUUGAGACACGAUGCCAUCCCACCCCUUGAUGUGUGCUGAGUUCCCGCAUCGGCUGGCUGGUGGGCAAGCCCUCUGGAGGUGGUCUUGGCGAUGACUCAGACAGCCAUACCCCGCUCUGCACCACGGUCCCUGCGCUAACCCACACAUUCACGUCACACGAGCAACUACUGUGUGCUGCGCACCGAGCUGGGUACAGGAUCCAAGAUGCUCUCGCAAAUCCCUUCCUCCAGAUGUUCAUGUACUGGUGACCUCAGGAGACUAUUAAAAUAUUAAAAAAAUGCGGGGUCGGCAGGUGGCAUGGUGGUUAAGAUGCUGGACUCCCA